ACCUCGCAGUCCCGGGGUUUUGGAUCCACCCCGGCUUUGAUCUGGCAUGGCCGUGGAGGGAGACAAGAGGAAGCGCUUCAUUUCAGCCACAGCUGCUAAUUACUUCGGCCUGGAUCCGGCGGUGGGUCCCGCUGCCCUGGCCGCCGAGCUCCAUUCGCGCCCUGAGUUGAACAGCUUCCUCGAUGACAGCAGCGAGUUCCUGCUCGUGGUGCAGCGCUCGGGCUCCCAUCUUACGGCCUCCAACACGAUUGAAGCUAAUGAUUCAAAGGAGAAUGUGCUAGUGUUCUUUAAGCUGCGACCAGAUAUAAUCACAGAAGAUAAUCUUCACAGUAAUAUUCUUAUAUCAUCUAUGCUAGAUUCACCAAUUAAUACCCUUUAUCAAGCUGUACGACAAGUUUUUGCACCAGUGUUACUGAAGGAUGAGAGAUGGAGUAAAGCAUUUGAUCCCAAACUCCAAAAACUUCUAACUGAGCUUGAAACUGGCUUGAGUACUGUUCUCAGAAGAUCAGAUCCUAAUUACAGAGGAUCAAAAUUCAAUGAAGAUGAUGUGCAAGCUAUACUUACACCAGCAGAUGAAUUCCAGUACUGGAUAGAAUGUGCUCAUCAUGGAAGUAAAUGGUGUAGUAAAGAGAGAGCUUCUUAUUUUAAGGACUUAUUUGAGGACAUUGCAAAAGAUUAUUUCAACCUGGAUAGUCUCUCAUUAUUUGAAGUUGUGGAUUUGGUGGAGACUACCAAGAGUAUUCUUGAUGGUGUGUGGAGGCAAACAGAACAUGAUCCUUAUCCACAGCCACGCAUGCAUAAUCUCCUGGAUGUAAUAGGUGGCUCACUAGGUAGAUAUGUUCAGAAAAAAUUAGCAGCUUUGAAUCUGUGGAAGGAUGCUUUCCACAGCGUUAAAGAAAAUCUAAAGGCUGGCAUCUUCAUUUGUGAGCAGUGGGUGUCGGUUUGUGAGUACCUAACUGGACAACUGUGGCAAUAUUAUACUCUACACCCAUGGAAAAAUGAGAAAUAUUUCCCUGAAUUGUUAGUCAAACUUGGCAAACGUCUUGAUGAGGUGCUAACUAUUAGAACACUUCAUGAAAAACUUGCAUUCUUUUUGCCAGCUGGAGAACAAAAUGCUUUAUGCCUUACCCAAGUGUUUGAACCUUUUGCUGGCCUAAAUCCUGUACACUAUAAUCCUUACACAGAGCCAUUAUGGAAAGCAGCAGUCUCUCAGUAUGAAAGAAUUGUAGCACCAGCGCAACAAAAAAUAGCAAGCAAAUUGAAGAAAGUUAUUUCAGAAAUUCAGGACAGCCCUCAACAGCUACUUCAAACAUUUCAGAAACAUAAGGAACUGAUAAAGCAUCCGAAUAUAAGCAAAGAAUUGCUUUUUGAGAGAGAAGUAUUGCUAGCAAGACUUCAAGAUUAUGUCAAAGACUAUCAAAGAGACUUUGAAACUCGAUGCCAUGGUGUUCCUGGUGAUGUUUCUGGACCACUGUCAGGCAAAAACCUUUCUGAAGUUGUCAAUAAUAUUGUAUGGGUACGGCAGCUGGUGCUAAAGGUGGAUGACACUAUCAAGCUGGCUGAGGUUCUUCUGUCUGACUUACCUGGGUUUCAAACUUUUCAUCAAAGUGCAGAUUCUUUUCAGGAACAGUUAAAAGUAUAUGAACAAGAACAAUUUGAUGAUUGGUCUAGAAGCAUCCAGUCAGAAUUAUCAAAUCCCAAGUCAGGACUUUGCAUCCAAGCUAAUAGUCCUGUAAUGGAGUUGGAUCAUGUUUUUGGAACACUAAACAUACUUUAUUCAGAUCGUUUGGUGACUCUCCUAAGAGAAGUACGUCAACUGUCAGCACUUGGUUUUGCUAUACCAGCUAAAAUACAGCAUACUGCAAACACUGCACAAAAGUUUUGUAAGCAAGCGGUCAUCCUCAAACAGGUGGCACAUUUUUAUAACUCUAUUGAUCAACAGAUGAUUGAGAGUCAGAAGCCAAUGAUGUUACAGUCUGCUCUAGCAUUUGAACAGAUAAUUAAGCAUUCCAAAUCUGGUCCUGGAGGAAAAGCUCAAAUAACGUGGGAUAAUCCGAGAGAGUUGGAAGCUUAUAUCCAAAAACUCCAAGCUGCUGCUGAACGGCUUUCCACCGAAAAUAGAAAAUUAAGAAAGUGGCACACAAACUUUAUUGAAAAGGUUAUAUCACUCAUGAAUAUUGAUCUACUUCGGCAGCAGCAGCGUUGGAAGAAUGGUGUCCAGGAGCUCAGAACUGGUUUUGCCAGCCUGGAGUCACAGGGUUUCAGAUCAUCUGACAUGAAAGGUUGGAGACAGCAUUGGAAUCAUCAACUUUACAAAGCUCUGGAGCCGCAGUAUCAAAUGGGCUUAGAAGCACUCAAUGAGAAUUUACCAGAAAUACAUAUUGAUCUGACAUUCAAGCAAGGCCAGUUGCAGUUCAGACCUCCUUUUGAAGAAGUACGAGCUAGAUAUUAUAGAGAAAUGAAGAAAUUCAUCUCCAUUCCAAAUCAGUUUAGGGGAGUAAGUGAAGCAGAAGAAGAGUCCAUAUUCACUGUUAUGACCGAAAGAAAUGUAAGUGGAUUUCUCACUGCUUUCAGCAAAGCAGAGGAUUUGUUCAGAAGGCUGACAGACACUUCUAAUCAAUUCAAGGAAUGGAUCAUAAUUGGUCAAGUAGAUCUGGAAACUCUGGUGAAGACACAUCUUUCUAGCAAACAGGACUGGGAAAAAAAUUUCAAAGCAUUGAAAGUGAGAGGGAAGGAAGCAGAACGACUUCCAAGCACCAUCAAGAUAGAUUGUUUAACUGUUAAUUGCAACCCUGUGAAAACUGUAAUCGAUGAUUUCAUCCAGAAGUUGUAUGAUAUUCUUGUAAUUUCUCUGAGAAAAUCUAUUCAAGCUCACCUAUGUGAUGUUUCUUCAUUUCUCAAUGGUGCUAUGGAAACUUUAGUGAUUAGACCCCAGACUGUAGAGGAAAUAGCAGAAGACAAUUUAAAAUAUUUAAGCCUACAUGAACAAAAAGAAGGGAUUUUUCUCCUGUUUCAAGAAGCUGAAGAUAAAAACAAACUUCUGCGAACUGUGGCUGGUACAGGUUUGGACACUCUCAGUAACCUAAGAGCUACAUGGGAUAAAUUUGAUUUAAUGAUGGAAAGCCACCAGCUUAUGAUUGCAGAAGAGAUUGAAAUGAUGAAAGGAAAUGUGGUUUCACGUAUUAAUAUUUAUCUUCAAGACCUUGAAAAAUUUAAAGCUCGUUGGGAUCAGCUGAAGCCAAGUGAUGAUGUCAUUGAAACAGGUGAUCAGGAUGCACUUGAGAAAAGUGCUCAGAUCAUAAAGGAAAAAGAAAAAGAAUUCAAUGAACUUGAAACCAUGAAAGAAAAGCUCAUUGAAGAAUGCCAUCAUUUUAAAUUGGAAGAGCCCGACUUCUCAUUGUCAAAAGUUGUAUGUCAGGAUAUUAAGAGUUGCGCAGAAGUCUGGGCAUUAUAUGAAGAGUUUUAUCAAGGCCUUCAGGAAAAAGCCAAAGAAGACUGGAUUACUUUUAGGAGUAAAACAUACCUAUUUGAAGAAUUUUUGUUUAAGUGGCAUGACAAAAUGAGGAAGAUGGAAGAACAUACUGUAAUGACAGUAAAGUUGCAAAAAGAAGUGGACAAAUAUAAAAUGAUAGUUCCGCUCCUAAAAUAUAUAAGAGGAGAACAUCUUUCUCCAGAUCACUGGCUGGAUCUCUUUCGUCUUCUGGGUCUUCCCCGAGGCACUACACUUGAAGGUUUGUUAUUUGGAGAUCUGCUAAAAGUGACAGAUGCCAUUGUAGAAAAAGCAAUGGAACUUAAGGAUUUGAAUUGUCGGGCCCAAGGUGAAGUAACAAUCAGAGAAGCAUUACGUGAGCUUGAACUCUGGGGAGCUGGAGCUGUCUUCACCUUAACAGAUUAUGAAGAUAGCCAAGGCAAGACUAUUGGGCUUAUUAAAGACUGGAAGGACAUAGUCAACCAGGUUGGAGAUCAUCGCUGUCUUCUACAGUCCCUCAAGGACUCUCCCUACUACAAAGGUUUUGAAGAUAAAGUGUCCAUCUGGGAAAAAAAAAUGGCUGAGUUGGAUGAGUAUCUGCAGAAUUUAAACCAAAUUCAGAGGAAAUGGGUCUAUUUGGAACCGAUAUUUGGUCAUGGAGCUCUGCCCAAAGAACAGGCUCGUUUUAACAGAGUUGAUGAGGACUUCAGAUCCAUUAUGUUAGAUAUCAAGAGUGACAACAGGAUAACGUCACUGAAUGCCCGGGCAGGAAUAAGGAGCACCUUAAUUACCAUACUUGACCAGCUUCAGAGAUGCCAGAGAUCUUUGAAUGAGUUUUUGGAGGAAAAGCGCUCAGCAUUUCCAAGAUUCUAUUUCAUUGGAGAUGAUGACUUACUAGAAAUUUUAGGACAGCCCACAAAUCCACUGGUUAUCCAGUCUCAUCUAAAGAAACUUUUUGCUGGAAUUAAUAAUGUGACCUUUGAUGAAGAAUUUAAAUACAUAGUUGCCAUGAAGUCGUUAGAAGGAGAAACUGUGCCACUUAGAAAUAAAGUUCUUCUAUCAAAUGAUGUGGAGGUGUGGCUAAACAGUUUGGCUUUACAGAUGAAGGAGACACUGAAAAAAAUGUUAAUUGACUGUGUUGAAGCUGGAAAGAAAUCACAAGGUUCAAUUGAUCCAUCGCUCUUUCCUUCCCAGAUUCUUUCCUUGGCAGAACAAAUCCAGUUCACUGAAGAUGUUGAAAGUGCUAUCAAAGACCAUAGUCUGCAACAAUUAGAAUUAGAACUCAUGGCUAAAUUGGAACAUUAUACUAGCAUUGAUAAUGGUAUAGAAGAUACUGGAAGUACAGAAUCAGGAAUACUUGAGCUCAAGCUGAAAGCUCUGAUUCUUGAUAUCAUUCAUAACAUUGAUGUGGUGAAGCAGCUGAAUCAAGCUCAAGUUCACAGUGUUGAAGAUUGGGCUUGGAAGAAGCAGCUGAGGUUUUAUAUGAAAGACCAAAAAUGUUAUGUUCAGAUGGUAGAUGCUGAACUCCAGUAUACUUAUGAAUAUCAGGGUAAUUCCCCUAAACUUGUUUAUACACCUUUGACAGAUAAGUGUUAUCUAACUCUUACUCAAGCUAUGAAGAUGGGCCUUGGAGGAAAUCCCUAUGGUCCAGCUGGAACUGGAAAGACAGAAUCAGUAAAGGCUUUGGGUGGACUUCUUGGAAGACAAGUAUUAGUCUUCAAUUGUGAUGAGGGCAUUGAUGUGAAAUCGAUGGGGCGCAUAUUUGUGGGCUUAGUGAAGUGUGGUGCCUGGGGCUGUUUUGAUGAAUUCAACAGACUUGAGGAAGCUGUACUGUCUGCAGUAUCCAUGCAGAUUCAGACAAUCCAACAUGCGUUGAAGAAACAUAGUCCUUUAUGCGAGAUGCUUGGAAAAAAGGUGGAAGUGGAUCAUAAUUCUGGAAUCUUUAUCACCCUGAAUCCUGCUGGAAAAGGCUAUGGAGGAAGACAAAAACUGCCUGAUAACCUCAAACAACUUUUCAGGCCAGUUGCUAUGACUCAUCCAGACAAUGAACUCAUUGCAGAAGUGAUUCUGUAUUCAGAAGGCUUUAAGGAUGCUAAAAUACUCGGUAGAAAAUUAGUGUCUAUUUUUAAUCUAGCAAGGGAGUUUCUGACACCACAGCAGCACUAUGAUUGGGGUUUACGAGCAUUGAAGAGUUUGAGAAGCUGUGGCAAUCUUCUUCAUCAGUUGAAGAAAAGUGAAACAAAGAAAGAAAUUAAUGAAAGUCACAUGGUGGUUCAAGCUCUGCGGCUUAAUACCAUGUCAAAGCUUACAUUUGCGGACUGCUCACGUUUUGAUGCACUGGUUAAAGAUGUAUUUCCUGGCAUUGACUUUAAAGAUGUGGAGUAUGCAGAAUUAACUACAGCUUUACAACAAGUCUUUGAAGAAGCAAACUUGGAAAUUAUAAGCACCCAGAUCAAGAAGGCUUUGGAAUUAUAUGAGCAGCUACGUCAAAGGAUGGGUGUAGUUAUCGUAGGUCCAAGUGGAGGAGGGAAAUCAACACUUUGGCGGAUGUUAAAGGCAGCCCUUGGUAAAACUGGCAAAGUAGUGAAACAGUACACUAUGAAUCCCAAAGCUAUGCCUCGACACCAGUUGCUAGGCCAUAUUGACGUGGAUACCAGAGAAUGGUCUGAUGGCGUACUUACAAAUAGUGCUCGACAAGUUGUACGAGAACCCCAAGAUAUUACUUCAUGGAUAAUAUGUGAUGGUGAUAUUGAUCCUGAAUGGAUUGAAUCUUUGAAUUCCGUUUUGGAUGACAAUAGAUUGUUGACUAUGCCCAGUGGAGAAAGAAUUCAAUUUGGCUUAAAUGUCAACUUUAUAUUUGAAACUCAUGAUCUUAGCUGUGCCUCUCCUGCUACAAUAUCUCGAAUGGGAAUGAUCUUUCUGAGUGACGAAGAUACAGAUCUUAAUUCUUUGAUAAAGUCUUGGCUAAGAAGUCAGCCUGAAGAAUGUAGAUACAACCUUGAAAACUGGAUUGGGGACUAUUUUGAAAAGGCUUUAAACUGGGUUGUGAAAAAGAAUGACUCUGUGGUAGAAACAAGUUUAGUUGGAACUGUGAUGAAUGGACUGUCUCAUCUCCGUGGGUGUACUGAUCAUGGACAGUUUAUUAUUAACUUGUUACGUGGUCUUGGUGGCAAUCUCAACACAAAAUCACGACAAGAAUUUGCAAAAGAGAUCUUCAGCUGGGCACAAGAAUCGCCACCAGAUCCAAGGAAGCCUCUGGACACAUACUACGAUGCUGACACUGGACAGCUAAUGCAGUAUCAGCUGAAGAAACCUGAAAAUCUAACAGCUGAUGACUUCAGUAAUCUCCAGAUGCUUCCUGUCAUCCAAACCCCUGACAUGCAGAGAUGUUUAGAUUACUUUAGACCCUGGCUAGACUUUAAUAAUAAGCAGCCAUUUCUUCUUGUGGGUCCUGAAGGAUGUGGAAAGGGGAUGCUGCUUCAUUAUGCAUUUUCUCAACUCCGAUCCACUCAGGUUGCUACCAUUCAUUGCAGUGCGCAAACUACUUCUCAACAUCUUCUACAAAAAUUAAGUCAAACUUGCAUUGUAAUCAGUACAAACACUGGGAGAGUAUACAGACCAAAGGACUGUGAAAGGCUUGUUUUAUACUUAAAAGAUAUCAAUCUACCCAAACCUGAUAAAUGGGGAACAAGCACUCUCGUGGCUUUUCUACAGCAGGUUCUUACAUAUCAAGGAUUUUAUGAUGAAAAUCUGGAAUGGGUUGGUUUAGAAAACAUACAAAUUGUGGCUUCCAUGUGUUCUGGAGGAACAUUGGGAAGACAUAAACUUACCUCCAGGUUUACUUCUAUUGUUCGUCUCUGUGCAAUUGACUACCCAGAAAGAGACCAACUGCAAGCUAUUUAUAGUGCCUACUUGGAGCCUGUACUACAGAAAAACCUGAAGAAUCACCCUGUUUGGGGUUCUUUGCCAAAAAUACAUCAGCUAGCAGGAUCUAUGGUUCAAGUAUAUGAACAGGUACGAGCUAAAUUCACAGUUGAUGAUCACAGUCACUACCUUUUCACACCAUGUAUUCUUACUCAGUGGGUUCUUGGUUUAUUCAGAUAUGAUUUAGCAGGUGGAUCAUCAAUACAAACUGCAGACUAUGUGUUGGAAAUUGUUGCUUAUGAAGCACAUCGUUUGUUCCGUGACAAACUUGUUGACAUGAAAGAACUUCAGAUAUUUGAUAAUGUUUUGAUGAAAGUAUUUCAAGGUGAUUUGGGCUCAGAUGUUCUGGACAAUAUGGCAGAUACCUUCUAUGUAACCUGGGGAGCUUGUCAAGAGGCAUUUGUCACACCAGGACAGGCACUACCACCACAUGGGAGGCCACUUGGCAAACUAAACUCAACAGACCUGAAGGAUAUUAUUCAAAAAGGUAUUAUUCAUUAUGGGCGAGACAAAAAAGAGAUUGAGAUCUUACUGUUCCAUGAAGUCCUCAGUUAUAUGUCUAUGGACAGAGUGCUAAGUUUUCCUGGAGGAUCACUUCUUUUGGCAGGACGGAGUGGUGUAGGUCGUGCGAAACAGUUUACCUCUUUAGUUAGUCAUAUGCAUGGAGCUGUUCUGUUUUCUCCGAAAAUUUCCAGAGGCUAUGAACUGAAGCAGUUCAAAAAUGAUCUUAAAUAUGUGAUGGAGCUUGCUGGCAUUGAAGCAAAGCAGGUGGUAUUGCUGCUCGAAGACUAUCAGUUUGUUCAUUCCAUGUUUCUUGAGAUGGUCAACAGUUUAUUGUCUUCAGGAGAAGUUCCUGGGCUGUAUAAAAUAGAAGAAUUGGAACCGUUGCUAUCUCCUCUGAAGGAUCAAGCUUCACAAGAUGGAUUUACAGGACCAAUUUUCAACUAUUUCACAUACCGGAUCCAACAAAACCUGCAUGUUGUCUUGAUCAUGGAUUCUACCAAUAUAAAUUUCACAAUAAACUGUGAAAGUAAUCCAGCACUUUACAAGAAGUGUCAAGUUUUGUGGAUGGAAACCUGGUCAGAAAACAGUAUGAAAAG